UCAAAGUUCAGUUUUCUAUUCAAUUCUUUGCUCUUAGUCCUACAAACAAACGCGACACAGCACUACCCACCAGCACACAGCAAAGAUGUGGGUCAUCACUGUCAUCUCUUUGGCCUCCCUGCUGGCCAGUCCAUCCCUGGCUGGAGUCAAAGACCUGAGCUCUCACUUCACUGACCCUCAACCGGACCCCAGAGGCUUUGAACCAGGUGACGCAGUGGAUAUAGAUGCCAUUCCUUUGGAGUUCCACAAAGAAAACACAGUCACUAAUGACCUGGUCUUUGAUGGCUUUGAGGAGGAAGAUUACAUUGACUUUGAUAAGAUUCUGGCUGCAGGCAGUGACGAUUACAUUGAAGGGGACGAGAUCGACGAGAUUGCCACACCCGCCCCAGACAUUGACAUCUUUGCAGAACCCUCCGACCCAAAGACUCGUCGAGCCAGACUCCUACGACUGUUCAGCGGUCGGUCCCGUCUUCAGCGGCUCAACAUCGUGAACGCCCAUUUUGGUUUUAAGCUGUACAGAAGUCUUCGCAACGGCGUCAACCAGACUGACAACAUCCUGCUGGCACCUGCCGGGAUCUCCAUAGCUAUGGGGAUGAUGUCCUUAGGGGCAGGACCCGGAACUCACGACCAGAUCUACAAAGCUCUGGGAUUCGCCGAGUUUGUCAACGCUAGCCAUCACUAUGACAACACAACCGUGCAUAAGCUUUUCAGGAAGCUGACGCACAGGCUCUUCAGGAGGAACUUUGGUUACACACUUCGCUCUGUAAAUGACGUCUACGUGAAGAAGAAUGUGACGGUGAAAGACACCUUCCGUACACAGACAAAGGCUUUUUAUUUUGCAGAGCCGCUGUCAGUGGACUUCAGAGACCCUGCCUUUCUAAGCAAGGCCAACCAUCGCAUACAGAAGUUGACCAAAGGUCUGAUCAGGGAACCACUCAAGAGCGUGGAUCCAAAUAUGGUGCUGAUGCUACUCAACUACCUGUACUUCAAAGGUACAUGGGAGCAGAAAUUCCCAAAGGAAAUGACUCACUAUCGCAACUUCAGAGUAAACGAAAAGACAAAUGUACGCGUGCCAAUGAUGACCAACAAGGGGAAUUAUCUCGCUGCUGCUGACCACGAACUGGACUGCGACAUCCUGCAGCUCCCAUAUACAGGAAACAUUAGCAUGCUCAUUGCGCUGCCGAGGAAGAUCACUGGCAUGAGGAACCUGGAGCGGGAGCUCUCACCCACGGUUGUCAACAAGUGGUUAAAAAACAUGACAAACAGGACCCGUGAGAUUGUGUUACCUCGGUUUAAGCUGGAGCAGAACUACGACUUGAUUGAAAACAUGAAGGAGAUGGGUCUUACUGACAUAUUCCAGCAGAGUGGAGAUUUCUCUGAAAUGACCCCAGACAAGGUCACCAUGAACUGGCUUAAGCACCAGGGAACCAUCACUGUGAACGAAGAGGGGACGGAAGCUGCUGCUCUGACCCAGGUGGGCUUCAUGCCGCUCUCCUCUCAGAUUCGCUUCACCGUGGAUCAUCCUUUCCUCUUCCUGAUCUACGAGCACCGCACAGACUGCCUCGUGUUCAUGGGCCGGGUGGCCGAUCCCUCACAGAGCUAAACAAAAUAAGGUGGCGCUAAACAGCUAAACUAUUCGUGACAAAUCUGGUUAAAAUGUCCAACCGUGCGUUAUUUUAAUGGCCGAGGGGUUUUUCUGUGUAUGUAGGCGCUUAGUGAACAUAAACUUCUCGUUUAUACUGCUCAAAGAGCUGGGUCUGUCUGACUGACUCACUUAAUGCUUGUUAUCUACCUGUUAAUGUUUUAUCUUUGGAGAGGAGGGUAGUGGAGGAGUGUGCCUAAAAAUGACACAUGAACAAGUUGUUGCGCUAAUGCGGCACUGCAAUGGAAUAAUAAAAACAUAUUACACAACAUCCCAGGUUUCGGCAGCAUAAGUAAAUAAGAUUAUAUUACUGCAAUUUCCCCAUUGUGGGACAAAUAAAGGUUUUCUAUUCUAUCCUA